AUGGCGGCUACGACCAUCACCACUACCACCGCUUCCCAGCCUACCUUGACCCUCCGGCCGGCCGGUGCUGACCGUAUGAAGGUCGAUGGCACCGACCGACGCUAUGGUGACUGGCGCGAUGACCUCGUCCGCGACGGAUAUGCCAUUAUCAAGGGCGCCAUUCCCAAGGAGAGGGCGCUGAGCUAUGCCAGCCGCUUCUAUGGUCUUGUUGAGAGCUUCGGCCUUGGCUACGACCGCAACAACCCCUUGACCGUCCGCCCCGAGAAGCUCCCCGUCAUCACGGAAAAGGGCAUGCUCCUCAACUACGGCGCGGCGCACGAGGACUUUGUGUGGGCCAUCCGGUCCGAGCCCGGCGUCGUCGGGGCGUUCGAGAGCGUCUACGACACCGAGGACUUGCUCGUGUCGUUCGACGCCAUCAACAUCGGCUUCGCCAACCGCACGCACCUCGAGGCCAACAAGCCGUGGCCGCACCAGGACCAGGAUCCGGACCGCCCGGGCUUCCGCUGCCUCCAGGGCCUCGUCAACCUGCUGCCCAACGGGCCCAACGACGGCGGGCUCAUCGUGGCCAAGGGCGCGCACCUCCUGAGCGAGCAGUUCCACGACGACAUCCGCGGCACCGAGGACCGCAUCCCCGCGUGGACCAAGGAGUGGUACGGCUUCACCGAUAAGGGCAUGCAGUGGCUGCGCGACCACGGCUGCGAAUGGGUCAAGGUCGAGGCGGAUCCUGGCGAUCUCAUCGUCUGGGACUCGCGCGCGCCGCACUACAACGUCCCCGUCAAGGGCGAGCAGGACCGCAUGGCCAUCUACACGUGCUUCAUGCCCGUCACCGACGCCUCGCCCGAGGAUCUGCUCCGCAAGAAGCGUGCCUUUGAGGACCGCGUGGGAACUACACACUGGCCUAACGCCAGACACACCGGCUCGAACGUCGCCAAGCGCAACGGCGAGCCUGAUCAUGUCGUUCGCGACCGCCCUCUGCAUGAGCCGAUCCUGUCCGAGCGGGCUUUUAGGCUUACGGGCAUUCCCUACAUCAAGGCGUAG